AGAAGAAGAGAAGUGAGCUGUUCUUCACCCGGAAGCGGAUCUGUGAUUUGGCUUCCCCAUGGCUUCCUGCCGUGCCUAUAACCUGAGAGUGCUGGUGGCCGUGGUCUGUGGGUUGCUGACUGCUGUGUUUUUGGGACUGAGCAGCUGGAUUAUUACGGUCAGGAUCAAAGCAGAAAAAACUGAUCCCCCACCAAGUGCUCCUACAGACUUCUGCAAAAAUGGUGGAGCCUGGGAAAAUGGCAAAUGCAUUUGUACAGAAGAGUGGAAAGGGCUGAGAUGUACAAUCCCUAAUUUUUGUGAAAAUAGUACCUAUGAGAACUUGACCUUUGGCAGAAUUACAGUGGGCAAAUAUGGACCUUCCUUGCAAACAUGUGGGGAAAACACUAAAAAUGCGGGCAACCCAGUUGCAACACGGAUGUGCAGUCAGUCUCCAUAUGGAGAGAUACAAUUGCAGACUGUGACAAUAGGAAAUUGCGAUGAAACUCUGCAACAGCUGGAAAUUCAGAUAAACAGUACAACAGCAUUUAUAAAUAUUUCUAAAGAAGCUCAGAUUUUAACUUAUAAUGCCAAUAAAUUAACUGCUGAGGAUAUCACUUCUGCUACCAAAGUGGUUGGACAGAUCUUCGACUCACCCGAAGGUGCUGAACAAGAUCAGCAGGCAAAAAAAAUCGCUGUAACAACAGUAAGUCAACUUCUAGAUGCCAGUGAAGAUGUUUUUCAAAAAGCUGCUGCUGACAAUAAUGAUACCUUUACAAGGCUUAUUGAGCAAAUGGAAUCUUAUUCCUUAACUUUGGACAAUGAACGAGUGUUGGAACCUAAUAUAGCAAUACAGUCUGUUAAUAUCACUUCCGAAAACAUUGAGGGGUCUACCGGUGUUCUCUUCUCUGUGCUGAAAGGAACCAGUAGUUCCUUUGCUUCUGGUUCAACAUCUAUAGAAAGAAAUGUGAGCAGCCUUAAUCCAAGUGAACAGACUGAACUUCAGAUCUUGCUCAAUACUACGAGAAAAAACACCACGGCAUGUGGAUUUGUUGUGUAUCAAAAUAACAAGCUUUUCCAAUCAAAACGUUUUAUAGCUAAGUCAAAUUUUAGCCAAAAAAUCAUCUCCAGCACAACGGGUAAAAAGCAAAAUCAGACUGCUUCUGUCGAGAUGGUCUUUAGCCCAAAGUACAACCCAGGAGAAUUCCGACUUCAUUCCUAUGCUUGUGCCUAUUGGGAUAUUUUAAAAAAGGAUUGGGAUACGUAUGGCUGUCACAAAGUCAGGGACACUGGUGGGUUCCUGCGCUGCCGCUGUAACCAUACUACUAAUUUUGCUGUAUUAAUGACUUUCCAAAAGGAUGUUCAGUACCCUGACUCACUAGACAAAUUAUCUCAAGUUGGAUGUGCACUGUCCAUUACCGGUCUGGUUCUCACAAUUAUAUUUCAGAUUGCCACCAGGAAAGUCCGAAAAACCUCAGUAACCUGGGUAUUGGUCAGUCUGUGCACAUCAAUGUUGAUUUUCAAUCUCCUCUUUGUGUUUGGAAUCGAAAACUCCAACAAGAACUUGAAUACCAAUGACAGCAUGAACGCAGACCCUGAUAAUAAUACGAUACCCCCCGAGGACACUGUGCAUAUCCCGAAUCACUCGUGCACUGUGACGGCUGCCUUCCUCCACUAUUUUUUGUUAGUGACAUUUACCUGGAAUGGACUCAGUGCUACACAGCUCUAUUUCCUUCUAAUUCGGACCAUGAAGCCUCUUCCUCCACAUUUUAUUCUGUUCAUAUCAUUAAUUGGAUGGGGAGUCCCAGCUCUAAUAGUGUCUAUGACAGUGGGAAUUAUUUAUUCUCAAAACAGGAAUUCUCCAUCAUGGGAGUUACGCUACCGGCAAGAGGAAAUCUGCUGGCUGGCAAUCCCAGAAGGCAGUUUCAUAACAAGUCCAUUCUUUUGGUCAUUUCUCGUACCUGUAACCAUUAUCCUCAUCAGCAAUGUUGCUAUAUUUAUCAUCAUCACAGUCAAAGUGCUGUGGAAGAAUAACCAGAAUCUGACGAGCACUAAAAAGGUUUCAUCCCUAAAGAAGAUUCUUAGCACGUUAUCUAUUGCCGUCAUUUUUGGAAUUACCUGGAUUCUUGCCUACAUUAUGCUCGCUAACAAUGAUGUCAGCAGGAACGUCUCUAGCUACAUAUUCUGCCUUUUCAACACUACUCAGGGAUUUCAAAUUUUUAUCCUCUACACGAUUAGAACAAAAAUCUUCCAGAGUGAAGCUUCCAAAGUUUUGAAGUCUCUGUCGUCCUCUGCUGGGAGAGUGAAGUCCUUACCUUCUGUGACAGGGCUGAGGCUGCGAGUAAGAAUGUAUAAUAUGCUCAGGACGUUUCCGGCCCUAAGUGAACGCUUCAGGCUACUGGAACCAUCUGUAACAACUGAAGAAACGCUAAUAUUUGAAAGUGACCAAGCAAACUCUAGCACCUAGGAAACGAAACGGUCACCUUCUGUGACCUUCUUGUGAGUUUUACGUGUUUCCUUUCUUGGUUUCCCAGUCCUCUCAGAUCAUCUUGCUCAAUAUAUUGUUAAGGGUUCAGAAUGAGGAGGGGGUCAGCCCAGCCCAGCUAUGGGAGCGCCACCUCUUGGGAUGCUGCAAGUUACCUGACCAUGUGGGGCCUGUAAUCCUAAUUACUUGGGAGUCUGAUGCAGGAGGAUUGCCACACAGUGAGCCACCCUCAGAACCGCUUAUCUCAGAAUUAGGUUAAACCUGCUGUUUAUUAUCAUUGGGGAUAAUGGAUUUGGUAGGCUUAUAAUACUCAAUAGACUCUUAGUUGCAUGAGGUGAGGAAUUCUAUACCGUAUUCUAGACUCCCAUUACUCCUCAGGUCAGCCAAUCUGUAAGACUGAGGUACACUUUUACCAAAAUGUAGAGUUUAUCACAAAUUCUUUAAUAAUUUUCUAAAAAGGGAAGGAGAAAACUUACCUUCCAGAACAAAACAUCUCCUGAUGAACAAUGCCAGGAGUUGCUUUUAUGUACCAUACUUUGGAUCUCUCAAUAUUUAACGUUGUUUCUAUGUGUAUGUACUUUCAUUUCCAAU